UCUCUCUCACACACACACACACACACUCACCUCGGGAGAUUUGCGGAGGAGCGUCGCCAGGACUGCGGAGUCCUGAAUAAGAACUAAAGUGGAGACAGGAUGAAUGCCUCACAGCUGUUCUUCAUGCUGCUGCUGCUGCUGCUGCUGUACGGCCAUCUGCCAGAAGUAUCAUCGGUGCAGAUGUGCGACGUGGUGAACGAGAUCGAGCUGGAGAGGGAGCGCUGUCAGAACAGCACCUCUGGGAACAUCACUUCAGGUUGCCAAGGAACAUGGGACAUCAUCGCCUGUUGGCCUACAGCCAGAGUCGGAGAGGUGGUCACGAUAAACUGCCCCGCUUACUUUAGUUACUUCAGUGACCAGCACAAAGGUAACCUCUCCAAAACCUGCACAGAAUACGGCUGGACUGAGAUGAAGCCUAUUGACAUCGCCUUAAACUGUGGAUACAAUCUCAACAGCACGGGCGAUGAUGGCAAGUUUUUUUGGCAAGUGAAGAUUGGCUACACCAUCGGCCACAGUGUUUCCCUCAUCUCUCUUAUCACGGCUAUUGUGAUCCUCUGCAUCUUCAGGAAGCUCCAUUGCACAAGGAACUACAUCCACAUGCAUCUGUUUGUGUCAUUUAUCCUGAAGGCCAUCGCCGUGUUCAUCAAGGAUGUGGUUCUCUACGAGGUCGGGGAAGUGGACAACUGCUCCUCAGGUUCUGUUGGCUGCAAAGCAGUGAUUGUGUUCUUCCAAUACUGCAUCAUGGCCAGCUUCUUCUGGCUGCUGGUGGAAGGCCUCUAUCUUCACGCACUGUUGGCUGUCUCUUUCUUCUCCGAGAGGAAGUACUUCUGGGCUUACAUUAUGAUCGGCUGGGGAGGUCCGACAAUAUUCAUCGCCACUUGGAGCAUCGCUAAAGCCUACUACAAUGAUGUGGGGUGCUGGGAUAUAAUUGAGAAGACUGAUGUGUUCUGGUGGAUCAUUAAAACGCCUAUUUUGGCAUCAAUCCUGAUGAACUUUUUCAUUUUCAUCUGCAUCAUUCGAAUACUUCGCCAGAAGAUCAACUGCCCAGAUAUAGGAAGGAGCGAGUCCAACCAGUACUCGAGACUGGCAAAAUCAACGCUGCUUUUGAUUCCACUGUUCGGGAUCAACUUUAUCGUGUUUGCCUUCAUCCCGGAGCAAGUGAAGACUGAGCUGCGGCUAAUUUUCGACUUGAUUCUGGGGUCAUUUCAGGGCUUUGUGGUUGCGGUCCUCUACUGCUUCCUCAAUGGAGAGGUCCAAGGAGAGAUCAAGAGGAAGUGGCGGAGGUGGCACCUGCAGAGAUACAUGAGCUCUGACACCAAAUACCAGCACCCGUCUAUUGGCAGCAGCAACAACUUCAGCACCCAGAUCACCAUGCUGACACGAUGCAGCCCGAAAGCGCGGCGGGGCUCGUCCUCCUGUCACGACGACUUGUCCAGCAUGUGACUCAUUCACAAAAAAAAACCUGAAACGGGGAUACAUGUUCUCACGCCAAAACACCGUCUAUGUACACUCCAGAAUAGAAAGAAGGAACACACACUUCCUCAUUAACACAUGUACUGAACGGGGGCGUGUGGCUUGAGUUAAGGGGACAGAGAAGGCGAUGAGAGGACGGAAGGACAUACAUUAGAAAACCGUUAUGAAAGUAAUCGGCUUUUGAGCAGCUUUUUUAAUCGCCACGCUUUCUUUAAAAUAGCGUCACGAGCACAGCUUUCACACAUCCGACUGGGAACCCGUUGGUUUCUUCUCCUUGUAUUUCAUGAUUCAGCGCGCAUGCACGGGGUCAGUUUCUGAGUCCCGUCAUGAUGGAUCGAUUGCUAAAUUGUUAUUAAGUUCCCUGUGCGCUAAGUCGCCGGGCAAAGUUAAAUGUUACACGUUGAUAGGGUCAGGUGAGGGAUCCAAAUGUGAAUUGCACCAGCGAGCACACAAUCUGAUGUAAUUAUGUGCUGAUUCAAAAUCACUUAGUGGAUUGCUGCAGCUCCAAAUGAGCAACGCAGGUGGUUUUAAACACAUUGUGAAAUUACUUUUCAAAAAUGACAGUGUGUGCUGUCAUAUUGCAGGCAGAAGAAAAGCACCAGAAAUGUGUUGUUUUAAAGCAUAAUUUUUGGGGCAGCCAACAAGAACAAAACAGCGUGCAAACGUUUUGUUUUCCUCCCCGUGAGGGAAGACUGCUUGAUAACCAGCAGGGAACUUUAUUUCCAUACAUGCCAAAUGGAUGAGGCUCCACCGCGCGUGACUGGCGCCAGGCUGAUCCACAACGAUGGUUUUGGAGUACAAAUGCCCUUCUCUGCACUAUCACUCUCAUGAGAAACGGAUUGCCCUUUGCCUUCCCUCUUGUUUUCUGUGAUUCUGUGCCUGUGAUGGGGUUCUUGUGUCUUGAUUAUUUGAGGCACUCUGGCAGUUUUGUGCUGAUCACUGACGAGUGCCUGCUACAGUGUUUUUCGAGGUGACGCAGUUCACUCCGAUCUCCACCAGCUGUCGGGCCGCGCGGCAGCUCUGGAGAGGAAAUGCCUUCAAGCAAUUCAGUCCCUGAAUGUUUACAUUUAUUGGGAUGAGUCAUUCAACAUUGUACAGUGAGUAUACAGUGUAAAGUUUAAUGAAUUACGAUGGAUUGUUGUGCCAUGCUGAUUGUAUUGCGGCUACAAUACCAGUAGUAUGUCAACUAUAAUUGUUUGUUCAUGUUAUUGCAAUAUGUGAGAUUUAAUGCCUUGCCGGGAAUAUAAAAUUUCCCUUUACACGCUUGUUUACGUAGCAGGCCGUGCUUUAUUGUCAAGCAUAAAAGCUUCAGAUUCAUAAUACAGAGGCGUAAUACAUGCAGUUUUAGGCGAACCUUUUAUUGGUGAUGCUCCAGUAUAGACGUCAGCUUCUAUUCCUAAGUCAUAUCAUGGUGAAAAUUGUGAAAAGUAUUUCCUGAAUUCUCAAUGGACCUGCCAGAUUCAAGCUUGGCAGCGGGGGGAGGUUGAACCUGACAGGUCAGUCGCCCCCGUUGGAGCCUGUAUGUAAAGCACAGCAAGGUGACAAGGAUGACUAGCCCCGGCACAACGAUGCCGUCAUUGUCCUCUUCAGCUUACAAGGCGAGACUUGAAAAGUCACUCGCAUGUUCAUGCAAGAGGGAACGUAGAGAAGGUCCAGUUUUACCUGUAAAAAAAUAAAUAAAUUGUCAUCGCAACCCACUGCGGAUUUGAAGGGCCAUACCUCUAUAAAGGCUGUGUUCUGACAGAAAGGCGAAUUUUCACCCCGCAUCACUUACAGUAAUCUGACAGCUGGAUAAAAAUGUACCGUGCAAUGUAAUUGUGACGAUGUGAGCUGUAAGCUAGUUGGCUGUGGGACUGUGCCUCUGUAUUUGUGUUUGACGGAGCCUCAUCAGAACUCAGUAUUCACCAGGUUAUUACUGUCACACCUCUACUUUUCUUGUACAUUUAUGAAGCAUUUUCAACAGCAACAAAAAAAGUACCCGGAUUAAAUUGCAAAUCUUUUCGCAAUUUUGAAAUCGCCUUCAACUCUGUGUAUGCAAACGUGCCACCUUUGAAAAUCCACUCCACGUGCUCAACACAUCGAGCACCCAGGGACAUUAAAGCGGGACAUUCUUUUUGAUUGUAACACAAGCAUUUAGAAAAAUUUCAAAUAUCCACAUAUUUGCUCUCUUGCCAAGGGGUUCGAUGAAAAUAUUGAUGGCUCUCUCACGUCUGUAGGGUGAAUGGUAAAUGUUGAGCGGGAGCCACUCAGACUGAACACAUCUCUACCUUCUGAAGUCUUAUCAGGAAGCCGACUUCUCCUGGCCAAGAAAUUGCCCAGCACAUAAUCACAAUUUGUCGUUUUUAGACUCAAGGUCCAAUAUGUGUGUGUGUGUGUGUGUGUGUGUGUGUGUGUUAGUGGGCUAGCUGUUGCCACCUGUCUCCACUCUCUAUACUAAGUUGAGCUAACUGACUGCUAGCUGUAGCUUUAUAUUUACAAUGUUCCCCCAAAAUAAUUAUAAAGUACAAUUGUUCAUUGGCUCAAUAUUCAACAGUGUUUGGUGACUAUCUUCUGAUGUGAAGUUUAAUGUACCUGUGUCAAUUUGUCAGUGUACCUCUCAUGAUAGUGGAUGUAAAUAGAUAUUUACAAAUCAAGAAACGACUCUCAUGUACUGUAUUUUGAUAUUAGCUUUUAGCGCUAUUCGUAAGCUGGCAUGGUUGUUGUGUGUCAGUUAGAUUAUAUUAAAAAGGGAUAUUGAAUCAACAACCAUUCUAAUGUGCACUUACAGUAACAAUUGAAGUAUGUAUAAUAUAGAUUUGUGUAUUUGCAAACUGUAUAUUGUGAUAUUAGGAUUUGAUUAGUAUGUUUUGUUGUUAGUGCAAUGCAUGUUACACUGGUGCAAAGCCUUUUUCGAAGCUGCACUUGUACUUUAAGUAUUAAAUAGCUUAAGUUUACAGUUGUCCUCAUAAAGCCACUUCUUAGUUUUAUGUUUUUGUAUAUAAUUGUCUUCUUGUUGUACAGUGUAUUUAAAGCCUGUUACCUUGGCAGGACAUUUAACUUGCCAUGAAAAUGUAACAUUGUUUCACUCAA